AUGACGGAAACGCUUAAAGACAUUCCAGAGUUUUUCGAAACGGACCUUGGAGAGUCCAUCAUUGCGCGAAGCGAUGCUUUGGGCACGUUCCGCGAAUUAGGUCCUCCUGAUCUGUGUCACAUCAUUAAAGCCAAUGCCAAGCCCGGUGUAAAAGAUGUUGGCAGUUAUCACUACGUCUCUGGUGUGGAUGCCUCAUCAUCCGCCACAUUAGCCGCUUACCUGAACUCACUCACGUAUUCGAUGGAUGAAUCCCAGUCCUGGUUCCCCAAAUCAAAUGCAUGGCGCAUCCGCUCAGGCAUCUACUGUUGCUUUAACGCGUUUUCUCGUGUCGAUGUUCGAGUGGAAGUCAAGAUUCCGGGCGGUGUGGAAAGCUAUUACGUAGAUGUACGAGGUGAACGUCAUGAGGCCACUGCCACCAUUUGGCAAGAAACCUAUCUGUCUGCGGUGCUUCGCGCGAUUCUUUAUUCCGACGACAGCUACUAUCGUUUGGCCGGCUACCGAAAGAUUGAUCCCAUCACUAGUUUAUCAGCCGAACAGCGGUUCUUGGAAGCGGUGGACGCCUUGUACUGGAAGGGAUGGCAAUUGGGAAGCAAACCUGAGAUUCAGGUGGCCACUUCGGUGCAUAAUCACCUGACCUCGGGCGUCAUGAAGUAUUUCGGGGAUAGUUUUCGAUACGGACCUGCCAUUGAAUUAUUCGAGAAACUGCACAAGAAGGAUCCCGAAGUCGGUGCUCUGUUGGCGCAGUCAUAUAUCGGUCAAAAUGAAGAAGUGAAAGCGGUCAAAGUGCUCUACCACGAUCUGAAAUCCGCACCCAUGAGUUAUCCCCUCCUUCACGUCCAAGUGGACCUGUUGCGUAGCAAGGGAGAGUAUCAAAUGGCUCUGAAGCUUGCCAAAUUUGCAGUCGAUAUCACACCUUCCGAAUUCUUGACGUGGGCUAAAUUAACCGAAGUGUACAUUGACGUCGAGGACUAUAAAAAUGCUCUUCUGACACUCAAUUCAUGUCCCAUGUUCACUUACAGUGAACGUGAUAUGCAUCGUAUGCCACCUCCAGCACGAACCCAUCUCCCUGUAAAACCCGAUAUCAUCAGCUCGGGUAUCAUGGAGGAAGAUGCCACGGGCCGCGAAACCGAGGCGGAUUCGAAUUUGUUACGUCUUCCUGCGCCGGCACUGCAUGGCACGUUUUCCAAGGCGUAUGCUUUGUUGACGCGUUUGGCGGCUAAAAUUGGCUGGGAUGAUCUGCUGAGAUGCCGAUCCCAAGUAUUUGUGAUGGAAGAAGAAUAUCGAAUGCAAAAGGCCAAAGAAGAAGAGAAAAAAAUCAGUAUCUCACAACCUCGCGAAGAACAAGAGCAAGAAGCAGCGUCAGCUUCCGACGCCAAGUCUGCGUCGUCCCCCACUUUGGAAGACAAAGCGGCGACGAAUGAAGGUGCCGCCACCCAGCCAACCGAAGGAGGAUCCUCCGCAGAGAAUCAACAAGAAACCGAAGAAAAGGAAGAGAAGGAUGAACUAACGGAACAGAUGGAAAACGUCAAUCUGGAUGACGAUGCGCCGACGGCCGAGUCGGAAGAGAAAUCCAGCCACAGCCCUCACAUUGACCAAACGUCUUUAGAGAAACCGGUCCAGGCAGCGGAAGACGACAAGAAAGAGGGAGCAAAGACGCCCGCCAAGCAGGAAGCGAGCUUCUCGUUUGGCAACAAGCGACUUUGCGAACGCUGGCUUGAUAAUCUUUUCAUGGUCUUAUACGAAGAUCUGCGUGUAUAUACCUUUUGGAGAACGGAAUCCGCCCACUACCGUGCUCAGCAAAUGCCUUACCGCAAGACAGGCACCGAAUGGGAAUUACUGGGUGACCUGGCGCUUCGAUUGUGGCACGAGGAUGAGGCAAAAGAAGCAUACGAGCAAUGCUUGGAUCAUAAAUUCUCUGCCAAAUCAUGGAUGCGUCUGCUAGAAAUCUAUGCCAAGGAAGGCAAUGUUCAGAAAGCACUGGUGGCGGCUGUCAAAUUGACGGUAUACCAUGAACGUUGGUACCAUGAGAUUGUGUAUCCGACUGAAAUCGCUUGCAGUCUCAACAAAUUGAUCCGAACCGCUGGAUUGUCCAAGAUGCAAAACAUUUUAACCUCCAUGAAUCUUCCUCGUCCCGUGCAGAAACUCAUGACCCGCUAUUUUGAUUACGGUGAACUGUUCAAGGUCGAAGGUUACGAAUUCUAA